AUGCCCCAAUCAAACACAAUCUCUACACAGACACCCAUUAAAGUGGAUCAAGACAAAAGAGAGGAGAGACUAAUUCUGCCACCUGGACUUCCAGCUCAGCACAGCCAUGAUGACGUGUCGUAUCAAUGUUGUUUUUUUUGUGUGUGUUUGGCGUUGGGUAUACUCCACCAUCGCCAUCGCCAUCGCCCUCCUCGCAACCUCCAGUUUCUGGUGCCUCCCCCCGACUCUCCUCCGUCUUCGCACGAGCCUCCUCGUUUCGCUCACAGCUCAUCGUCCCGUGAAUUUUGUUUUCUGGGUCUCGAUUCGUUUCGACGCGUGGUUCAAGUAGUUGCGCAAACAUCCCGUUUUUUCUCUUUCGUUCGGGGAGGGGGGGCUUGUUUUGUUUCCUCGGAGGAUCGUCCGGGUAGCGAGCUGGUUUUUCUGAUGGCGACGACGCAUCUCGUGAACUGGAAUGUCCGAACGGUUUCCUCGCAUUCUUCUCUGAAGCUUACGCCAGAACUUUUUGCUCCUUUGAGUAGAAUUGGGGUGUCAUGCCCAAUGCGAGAAGGCAGUAAACACGAAUUUGUUGUGAAGGCACAGGGGCGAAAGAAAGGAGGAAAUUCGGGAGACAAGUCCCCGAGAUAUGAUCCCAUGUUUGCAAGGGAUGGGAAUACAAUAGAGUGCCCGGUUCCAUGGGAGCAGCAACCCGUGAAUGAGUACCAAAUGCUGAAUGAGACAGGGUUGUUUGCAUGGGCAACCGACGAUCUCCUGUCCUUUGGGAUCAGAAUGACAGCCGUUACAGUCGGUAUCUCUGCUUUUGUUGGCUACCCAAUCGCUGCCCUGAGCAUUGACGCGAAGCAAGAAUUCUUGAAGUGUUGUAUGGGAGCUUCUUGUGGCGGAAUGCUGGCCGCCACAGUUGUGACGCUCCGCCUUUACCUGGGUUGGGCCUACAUUGGCAACCGACUAUUCAGCGCAACAGUAGAAUAUGAGGAGACUGGAUGGUAUGAUGGUCAGGUAUGGGUGAAACCCCCAGAAGUGUUGGCUCGGGAUCGCUUACUGGGCUCUUUUAAGGUCAAGCCUGCCUUACGUCGAAUGAAAGUCACCUUGGUGGGACUUGCCAUCUCCUUGGUCACUAUUGUUGGUGCCAUGUACAUGCUUCAUGGGCCUCCGCCACCCAUUGACCUUGCAGAAGAUACCGCCGAGACCUUUGGUGGAACCUCCAGACUGUCUUAUAGCGAUGCAGCAGCCCGUCGUUAUGAACCCGAAGCAUUUGCUAGAGACGACCACCUUUCUCACGCCAGUGCCGCUGCUCCCACACCCGCUUUGUUUGACUACUGUCGCUGAAGCUGGUAUUCCACUUUUCCUAUUCGACGAAAAUUCGGCUGAUCUCGUUCCUCUUCCGAGGAGGUGGAUCAUGGAUCAAUUCUCCACGUCUUUGACAGACUUCACCCAUUAUUGGAAACUAUGAUUGAUGGCCGGUCAAUGAUUUUUGAUGGGCCACAAAUAUUGCUGUCUUAAAGCUUCUUCGUGCUAGUUAGCUUUUGGUGGUUCAUUUUUCUUUCCUCCGCAAGUUUCACUUCGAUCAUUUGUUCAAGUGAUUCAAAUGUAAAGUAGCUAAAGAUGCAAUAGGACUUGUAGAAUCGUGUUUAAUAUAUGAUUAACGUGUUGUAUAUAUAUAUAUAUAUAUAUAUAUCUAUAUUUGUAGAUGACCACAUGUAUAUUUAUCAUUACUUUGUAAAGCUGAAAGUAAAAGCUUAAUUUGAGAGCUUUA